AUGCCGAUUUUCCAGGAUGAAAAUCUCGAUGCAAUCGAACUUCUCGAACGGCUAUGGUCAGGCGAGAAGCUUCUUGAAGUAAGGACGGGCAGAGUAAGGCCUGUUUUCGGGAUCAAUGUCCAAUCUGCCAUCUUCAAGAAUGUCCGACCAGGACCUGUCACAGUCAAUAAGUUGGGAUGUGAAGGCGACCAGCACGCGUUCGAGCUUCAUGGCGGCCCCGACAUGGCGCUCCUCCAAUACAGCACCCUCCACUAUCAUCGAUGGAAGGAGGAGCUCCCCCAGAGCGCACAUUUGUUUGUCCCGGGCGGGUUUGGGGAAAACCUCGUUGAAAUGACGCUGCCUCGUCAGCCGUGCUUCAAACUGAAUCACCGGUUUCAGGUCAAAGAUAUAUCCAAGCGCUCCCAGGACCUCUUCCGGACAGGUUGGUUGUAUCGAAUUUUAAAGGAAGGCAUGGUGCAGGCUGGAGACGACAUGACUCUUCUUGAACGACCGAAUCCUGAAUGGACGAUAGCCAAAGUUCAACACUACCUCUAUCACGAUAUGCGGAAUGAAAAAGCCAUGAAACAACUGGUCGAAGUUGGCGAGCUAGGGGCCGAAGCCUGUACCAUUUUUGCGAAUCGCCUCAAAAAGCAGUAUGAGGACCAGGAGACUCCAGAAUGCCAUUCUCGAGGUUGCUAA